UGCGAUAGUCUAUUGGAAUUUCUGUUUAGUUGCGUAGUUGAGUUGGUGUGGAACGGUUUGGUUUUAUGUUUAAAUACCUACUUUGACUUGUAAUUUGUUUAUACUUAAAUCAAGAAACAUUUUUUAGAAAACGAAUGUGGUGUUUGUUAUAAGUGUUAGUGACAAGAAAGUGUUUGAUUUUAAAUUAUAAAAAAACAUAAAACAAAAAACAAAAAAUAUAUUUGAAAAUAAAAAUCCUGCUGACUGUGAAAAUGAUGUCCAGAAAUAUUUUAGCCCACUCAACACGCUUAACAAGAUGUUCUUCUACGUUACAUUCCAAAGCUGCAACCGCUUCCAUGCCACUGGUACAAAAUGAAAUGCCUGAUUGUGAUUUUAAACCGCCCCAGUACCAAGGACCCAGUUAUGAGAAUAUCAAGGAGUUGCGUAAAAAUCAUUUGACCCCCAAUAUUCAGUCCUACUACAAGAAACCUUUGCUAAUACACAGUGGUCAUAUGCAAUGGUUGUUUGAUCAUGAUGGCAACCGUUAUCUGGAUAUGUUUGGUGGUAUUGUAACGGUGUCAGUGGGACAUUGUCAUCCCAAAGUCAACAAAGCUCUGGAAUCUCAAAUUAAAAACCUGUGGCAUACCACCAACAUUUAUAUGCAUCCGAAAAUCCAUGAAUAUGCUGCUCGUUUAACAGCCAAAUUCCCCGGUGACUUGAAGGCCGUUUGCUUUGUCAAUUCGGGCUCCGAGGCCAAUGAUAUGGCCAUGCUUAUGGCUCGUCUUCAUACCGGCAAUCAAGAUAUACUAACCUUACGUAAUUGCUAUCACGGCAUGUCUCCCUAUACCAUGGGUUUGACUGCACAUUCCACUUGGCGUUUCCCGUUGCCGGGUAUUUCGAAUGGCAUACAUCAUGUUAUGAAUCCAGAUCCCUAUCAGGGUUUAUGGGGUGGGGCGAAUUGUCGUGAUUCUCCCAUACAAACCGAUAGAAAUUGUGAUUGUACUUUGGAGGGUGGUUGCAAGGCCAGCGAUAUGUAUUAUAAAGAAUUGGAACAAACUUUCAAGUAUUCUUUGCCCAGAGGUAAAGUGGCAGCCAUGUUUGCUGAGUCCAUACAGGGUGUGGGCGGUACAGUGCAAUUCCCCAAGGGUUAUAUAAAGAAGGCAGCUGAAUUGGUUAGAGCUAAUGGUGGUUUGUUUAUAGCGGAUGAAGUGCAGACUGGGUUUGGACGCACGGGUGAACAUUUCUGGGGCUUUGAGGGUCAUGGCGUGGUACCAGAUAUUGUGACCAUGGCUAAAGGCAUUGGUAAUGGUUUUCCUAUGGCUGCUGUGGUUACCACUCCCGAAAUCGCCAAAUCCUUGGGCAUGGCCUUGCAUUUCAAUACCUAUGGUGGCAAUCCCAUGGCCAGUGCUGUGGGCAUUUCUGUACUGGAUGUCAUUGAAGAAGAGCAGUUGCAAAAGAAUUCCCUGGAAGUUGGCACUUACUUUUUGAAAUGUUUGGCUGACCUUAAAGAACGUUAUGAAAUCAUAGGCGAUGUUAGAGGCAAGGGUCUUAUGAUAGGUGUGGAAAUGGUAACAGAUCGCGAGACCAAAACACCUUUAAGUGUGCCUCAUGUUUUAGAGAUUUGGGAGACCUGCAAAGAUAUGGGUGUUCUGUUUGGCCGAGGUGGUCUUAAUGGCAAUGUCAUGUGUUUGAAACCACCUUUAUGUGCCACCAAAACGGAUGUAGAUUUCACCAUCAAUGUCUUGGAAACCAUACUCAGCGAACAUUAUUUAAAGGCGCCCCGAAAUUGGAGACAAUACGAUUUGAAAUAAAUACAAAAAUAUUAAGUUUUUUUUCUUAAUUUUCACAUUUUUAAUAAGAAUUUAUUACAUUAAAUAUAUAUACUCUGUUUACUAUACAAUUUUUUAUAUUAAAAAGUUAAGCUUAGUUCAGAAAAUAAAAAGCUAUUUAGAUUUCUUAGUUUUUAGAUAUAUUUUUCUUUUUUUAUAAGAAUUUCUUUUAGAUUUAAGAAUAUUUUUGUUUAUUUUUGUGAGUGUGUGUUUUAAAGAGGCACAGCAGUUUGUUUUUUUUUUUGGAUUUUGUUUGUAUUUUUGUUUUCUAUAAAGGAUUUAGAGUACAUAUAUGAGCUUUUUUACAAAUUUCUAUAUAAAAAAAUUAAAAAUAAAACUAACAAAAUUAACACAAAACUAAAAUAAAUGCCAAAACAGUAAUAAUUAAAAAACCAACAAUUAGUUUUCCUUUAUAAACCUAGAAAAAUAUUGUUAAUUAAAUUUAAAUCAAGUACAUAUUAAUUCAAAAUUAAUUUCCAUUUAAACAAAUUAUAUACAAUUUAUUUUUAUUUUUUAUAUUUCUGUUUAUAACUAUUUCUAUUUAUUACUUUUAUUUUUUUAUAUUUCGAUAACUUGUUUGUCAUGUUUUUUUUUUUUUUGGUUUUUAGAAAGCCUUUCAAAAAUAAACAAAUUUUUAAAUAAAUGCUCUUAAAAAAAACUUUAUAUUUUUAAAAAAAUAAU